AUGCCGGAAUUCAUCAGCGUCACGUUCCCGAACGCAUCUACGGAGAUCGCUCCGAUCCCCAACGCCUCGAUUGAUCCAGAGUACCUCACUCGCUACGCUCGCAAUCUUGAUGAUUACGGUUACAAUUACACACUGGUUCCCUACGACUCUUCGUCAUAUGAUCCAUUCACCAUUGGAGCAACCAUUUUGUCUGUGACCAAGAAGCUCAAGGUCAUCAUUGCUCUGCGACCCAACACGCUUUACCCCACAGUCGCAGCAAAGGCACUAGCGACACUCGAUCAACUCAGCUCCGGUCGCGUCGUUGUCCACUUCAUCGCAGGCGGCAGUGACGCAGAACAAGCCAAGGAAGGCGAUUUCCUAAGCAAGGAUGAACGCUACGGACGUCUCGAAGACUACAUUAAGAUUCUCCGCCGUGCAUGGAAAUCCGACGAGCCAUUCGACUGGGACAGCGAAUACUACCAGUUCAAGCAAUUCAGCAACCGCGUUCGCCCUACCAACGGCCCAAUUCCCGUCUCCGUCGGCGGCUCCUCAGACGAAGCAUACCGCAUUGGAGGCUCCCUGGCUGAUAUCUUUGGACUUUGGGGUGAACCUUUGAAAGAAACAAAGGACCAGAUUGAUCGCAUCUAUGCCGAGGCAGCAAAGGCCGGCCGCCCGGACUCGGACAGACCUCGCAUCUGGGUGACUUUCCGUCCUAUUAUUGCAGAGACUGAGGACCUCGCUUGGGCCAAGGCACACAAGACCCUCGAUGCUCUGAAUGUCAAUACGGCAAAGGGUCAAGGAAAGACUCCUCCAAAUGCGCCACCCCCGCAGAAUGCAGGAUCUCAGCGACUUCUUGAUAUUGCUGCUCGUGGCGAGGUCCAGGACCGGGCUCUAUGGUAUCCUACUGUUACCGCGACGAAUGCACGUGGUGCAUCCACUGCAUUGGUUGGAUCGCCUCAGACUGUCAUCGAGUCUCUUCUUGACUAUGUUGAUCUUGGGGCAGAUCUUAUCUCUAUUCGAGGAUAUGAUAAUCUUAACGACGCCAUCGAUUAUGGACGGUUCACUCGGCCCGAACCGAAGCCCUUGGCCCCACCUGCUCCUGACUGGCCCGAGACUCGAUCUACGAUCGAUCAGAACCCUGCGAAGAUGGCAAAGAAAACUAUUACAGGCGAGUCGCACGUUGGCGCCGAGGACCAGGUAUUCAACACUAACCCCGCUCUAUCUGAUCCUGACAAACCUGGGGUUGAUGAAGACUCCUACAACCCCCCUCUCUGUGUCUAUCCGUCCUGGAUUCAACAGCUGGAGCAGGGUGUUGCGGACUACGAGAAGUUCAUACGCCGUGUCUACUACACAAUUGUUUCUGCCCAGGCGGAAUAUGAAAGACUCCAGCAACAGACUGUGAAGCACGCCAACGAUGGACUUGAAGCUCACCGAGCUCGUGCCGUGGCUGAGGGCCCUGAGGGUGUCAAAGCCGAACACUCGGCCGGGUACAUGAAAGCUCGACACGAGGAAUUGAAGAUGGGGUAUGAUUGUAUGGUUGGGGAGGCAAGCAAUUACGCCGAGGAACUUCGCCGCCUCCCACUCCAACAACAAACUCGCACGGGUCCGAAGGUUGUUUCCAUUGAAACCCCUAACCAAAACCAAUCCAAUCGAUUUCACUUUGCUGCUGAGAGUGUUGAAGGGGAGAUUGAGCCCCGAAUCAGCAAGUCCACCCUCCCGGAUCCCGAAAAACUGGACGAUGGACUGAACUCUCCCUUUGAAAGCUGGCUCCUUGACAUGCAAGGCAAACUUUUUUCAACGCCGACCACUACCCCACUGAGAAGCACAAAAUGA